GUCAUUUCGCUCACUGAACUGAUGGCUGGAGUGAAGGCGCCCCCUAAGAACGUGCAGCUGUUCCAGCUGAUGUGCUGGCCAAUGGGGCACAAGGUGCCCACCUCCACCAACUCCCUGGUAGAGCUGAUGAAUAUGGUGGAGAAGUGGAGGCAGCGCACUGAGUAUGGGCCCGUUUGCAUCGUCUCCCCAGACGGGAGGAGUAGAUGCGGUAUUUACUGUUCGGCGAAUGCCUGCAUAGAGCAGGUGAUCCAGCAUGGAGAAGUGGACAUUUUCCAGGCGGUGCGGACAGUUCGCAGGCACCGGCCCCAAUUGAUCGAGAACAUUACCGAGUAUAAGUACUGUUACGACGUUGUUCUGCACUACGUGCUGCACUAUCUCCAGAAGGACCUGGAGGAGAUCAAGGGAACCAAGAAAUAACAGUAUUUCGCGUCCAUUCUUGUAGCGCUUCUAAGGGCUGGUUGGAUGCCCGAUUUCUUAUGAGCCUGGGCCUUAAUAUUAAAUAUGGAACUGAAUCCAUCGCAACAAUAUGUCCAGUCCACUUCGAGGCCAAACCGAUCUGUGAAUUUCUAGCUGUUAACGAGAGAACAAAUCACCUAUUUUGUGCUAAUAAUAACCGAGACUACAAAACGUAUAUUUUUGUUAAUUCGUUGCUCUUUUUAUGUAUAUUUCUGUAAACGUUAUCGAAUAAAAUUGUUUCGAAAAA